AUGGAUCAUCUUAGCCUACAAGUUAAGAUACUUAAUCAUUUUCAGAGCGCCCCACCGGGUAGCACAUAUACUGCCUUAAGUAUAGCUAAAAGUGUGAGACUUGUAACGGCCAAAGACGUUAACGCGACCUUGUAUCGUCUUGAGAAAGAAGGCCGAUUGUGUCAUUCGGAUGACAAACCACCCAUGUGGUCCCUAAACCAAAAGAAGGAUCCUCAUCCUACCCGGACUCGCCGUGACAGUGGCAGCUCGGCGAAAAGAUUUGAGGAGGACUUUGACUCAGUAAAGCGUAUAGGCAAGGGAGGAUUCGGACGGGUUUUCAAGGCAAGAAAUAAAUGUGAUGAGGCAUAUUAUGCUGUGAAGAUAGUAAAGUCUACAAAGAAAGCUUCACGAGAGGUGAAAACUCUGGCAAAGCUGCAGCACCCACACAUUGUGCGCUACCAUACGUCUUGGAUUGAGAAGACGGCAUACAGACAUGAGGACUCUGACAGUUCCAACACGUCCAUGUCAGGAAGCGACCCUGCCAUGGAGUACCUCUACAUCAAGAUGGAGUGGUGCGAGGGUAACACUCUCGCCACGUGGAUCGAUGAGAAGAACAGACAACAGGACCCACACAGGCGGCAGGCGGCCCAUGCCAUCAUCACGCAGAUUGUGGAUGCAGUAGUCUACAUUCACUCUGAAUUGCACAUCCACCGUGACUUGAAACCUGCAAACAUCAUGUUUGGAAAAGACCGUAAGACCGUCAAGAUAGGCGACUUUGGCCUUGUGACUGUUGCAGACACUGAGGAUGAGGACACAAUGAUGGAGCGGACAAAGUGGACUGGCACAAAGUCUUAUAUGAGCCCCGAACAGAAUCAGUCCAAGUAUGAUCACAAAGUGGACAUCUUUGCUUUGGGGCUCAUCUAUUUCGAGCUCAUUUGGUUCAUGCACACAAAGAGUGAAAAGAGAAAGAUUUGGGAUCGUGUUAGAGGACAGAAUUUUCCAAAGGAAUUCAGUGAUGAGUUUAGCUUUGAACACGAGCUAAUCAAUGAAAUGCUGUGUGAUAAACCUGCGGGCAGGCCUGAUGCCAAAGACCUGGCCCCCAAACUGGAGAAGUUUACAUCCGUCACAGACUAGAAUGGCAAUAUGGAGUCAAGUGUACUUUAUUGUCAAAAAUUUAGACUGGUUAGCACAGAAGUUUGAAA